UUCGAAAAGUAUGGCCGCGGAGUGUUUGACAACAGUAACAGAGCAAUGGAUACGGGACAGAUUACAACUACAUCAUCCAUGUCUCGGUGAUGUCCGCUCAUUGAGCCUCCCGGGGACGAAUGAAGAGAAGAUCAGACACCUGGGACAUUCACUGAAUAACUUUGUCCGUUUAAAGUCUCUGGAUCUCUCAUGCAACGCGCUCCUGUCUGUUCAGGGUAUUCAACAUUUAAAGUUGCUGGAGAGGCUGAUUCUCUACUUUAACUUAAUUCCUUCCCUUGAGGAGGUAAAGGAAGUGUUUAAGCUGCCAGCUUUGAGAGAACUUGACCUCAGGCUUAACCCUGUGACCAAACGUUACCCAAACUACCGCCCCUAUCUGGUCCAUGCUAUGCCCAAUCUGCGCAAACUUGAUAGCUGUUCAGUCAGAGACACUGAGCGAAAAGCUGCAGUAAUGCAGUUCUCCUCUGAUCUUCUACCUCAGCAGAAGAGCUCUGCUUUGAAUCUGGCUGCUGACCAAAGACGCUGCAACAGGAGACUGGCUUUAGUUGACCGCUUAGCCAAGAGGCUCUCGCUCGUCACUGACACGGAUGAUAUUGUUUUGAAUUUUGUUGAGAAGGAUCAGAGAGAUCAGAGUGAAACUGGGGCCCUCUCUGCAUUUAGCAAGAAAGCAAAGGAACCCAGAGAGGAAGAAUCAAAAGAUUUUACAGGCCGGAGAAGUUCUACUCCAAUAAAGGAAAAUGCUAAAUCCAUCCUCAGGUAUCCUCCCACAAAAUCUGAUAAAACAGAGUCCAAAGUGUCACACGUGAACCAACAGCCUCAUAAAGAAUGCUCCACCUCAUUAAACGUGAUUGAAAGACCGAAGGUGUCCUUCGGCCCGUAUGUUGAGAGACACACUGAUAAACAAAAGCAAAAGGACACCGCCAAUCAAACCAGACGUGCAGCCAGGGGACAUUUUACCCCAAACCCUGAUCAAAGUCGCCGUCAUAGCUUUUCAUUUACUAACAUCCGGCCUCCAAGUCCACGUCGACCUGGUUUGAAUCUUUCUGACCCCUCCAACCCCAUCUUACACCCCCCAAGGCUGACCUACUCCAGCUUCAGUAAAACAGAAGGGGGCUGCAGCCUGCCGCAGCAGAAGGAAAGGAAACAAAGGGGUAGUUACAGGAAACCCUUGGAGAUGCUUCUCAACCUUGUGGACAAACACUGGACUGGGGAGAAGUCGCUGCAUCAAAACAACAACUUCCUGUCUCAGGCAGUCCAGAUCCUCGCCAUGAUGGAAAACGAUAUUUCCAGUCGAGAGGCCGAGGUCAGGACCUUAAGACGGGAAGCUGAUGAGCUGAGCUUUCAAAGGGCUGCAAGAGAGGAAGAACACAAAACUGAAGUCCGUAACCUCUCAUCUCAGUUUGAGGAAGCUCGCAGUGCAGUCGGCAAACUCAAUGAGCAGCUAAGGAUCGUCUUGGAGGAAAAUGUCGCUCUGCAGAAACAGCUCAUCAAGUUAGAGCGACAAUAUCUCAAGUCUAUGAUGAAAAGUUCUCCUAUGACUCAGAUUAAAGAAGCUCAGUCAGAAGUGGAGGAGCUGAGGAAAGAGAUCGAGGGGUUGAGGCAGAAAGUGCAGGAGGCAGAAUCGGUCAAGGAAUUGUCAAACAUGCUGCAAGAAAACCACAGGUCCCUGGUGGCUACUAAUGAGUGUUUGCUAGCUGAGCUGAAGAGAAGUGGGGAUCUUUGAAGGAGACUUUGAAUGAAGAGAAGCACACCGGGAUAAAAAAAAAAUAUCAAAGCCCAACUACGCUGAGUCACAUUAGCGUUGCAUUCGCUGCAUGAUGCCCAGCAGCUCCAGUCUGUUUUUCAUUCAUUUUUUGUGCCUAUUAUGUCCCAAGCUAUUGUGUUUAUAGUUCAGUGAAUAUUAUCUUGAAAAACCGUUGCUUUGGUUUGUGUAAAGGAGUGUCAAAGGUCUCUUAUUUGAAUAGAUUAAUUGGGGGACAUAUUAGCAAGACGGUUGUAAUUUAUUUUCUGGAUCAGUGAAAAGGUUGUACCUCUACGCCAUUUCCCCCCAUUUUUUUUAGGUCACUCGUGUCUCCAUCUGCUUUGUACGCUGUAGUGGAAUGAAUGCAUCCAGACUCCAGCUGCACUGACUUUAUUUAUACCUCAGCCUUAGGGCCAGAGAGCUGCAUGCUUUCCUCUCACAAACACUAAUGUAAGCCAUGGAAAAAGCAGGUUAGAGCAUGUAUGUUUCUACAUAAACCCAAUGUGGCUUUUUACUUUGAUGUGACUGUUACAGGUCACUGGUUGGUGCUACUGCUUACUUGUACGCAACUGUGCUGCAUUCCUGAAAAAGACAAUGAGAAUGUAAAACAUUGUGUUUGGACUUGACACCCUGUGACCUACUCAGCAGAGGUUCUUAGGUGUGUGUUUUAUUUUCAAUAAUGCACUACAAAUCAUGAGCAUACAUUAAGAGGUCUAAAGAACAAGAACAAAACACUGCAUGCACUGGGGCACAAUAUUACAUUAAAAGUUAUUUAAAAACAAAAUAAGUCAUUAUUGUUCCUCCACAUGAAAGGUGCACAAUAUUUGGCAUUAAGCACAGAAAACAGGUCAUACUCGAACCACUGCAGCAGACGGGGAAAAAAAAACACGAAUAGCUGCUUUUUGAUGCACGAUUCUUCAUCAGCUGAGGCUACAGGUAGUGUGUGACAAACACUGUCACUGUUGGAAAAAUAUUCUACAAAAGGAUUUUUAAUUGUUUGCAAAUGUUCCCUUUUUCUCACACAGCAAUGAAGAAUACAACAGUAAAAACCUGCUUUAGUUUGAAGUUGAAUUUGUGCCUUGGAUGACGUACCACUAAUACUCCAAGUCUUCACCGAAAGAAAGCAAAUAUGCAUUAAUAUGUGAAGCUGACUUUGAACAUGUACAGGUCGAUAUACAGUAUAUUCAUUUCAAGCAAUACAAGAUUUCAUCAUGAUUGAACAGUUUGGGGUUUCUUUUUUUAGCAAGACAAUAUUGAAGUGUGUCCAGUAGUCUGUCCUCACAGCAGUAUAUCAGCAUAUCAGAAAUGACGAAUGCCUACUGUCAUCUUUACGCUUCUGAAUCAAAUGCAAUAUACAGAACAUGCACAAAGUACAGCAAUACCAAAAAAAAAAAUACGAGGCCAGUGUGAUAAAUUAAGCCAUGUGGCUAUUUUUUUUUCUUUUUAGAAUAUACACAAUCUUACCACAAAUAUAUUAGAACUACAGUAUAGAAAUCUGAUGAGGAAAUAUAAGUAAAAUGUUAAAAAUACAAUCUUGUACAACUGAGCUCAUCUCCCCUGGUCAGAGCGUCCUUCUUCAGCUGAAUUCACCAAUUUCAAAUUUUAAAUGCAUGUUAGCAAAAUGGUAUGUGGGUAGACAUAAAAUGGGACAUGGAUAACAACAGCCACGGAGAAAAUGAGGAAUUCCUGUUUCUUUUUUUUCUUCUUUUUUUCUACUUGUGUUAAAGUGGACCUAUUUAAAUGGUUUACACAGAAGGGCGUUUGCUUUUUGUCUGUUCAACAUGUUCACAGAAGGAAGGGGAAAUGGCAAAGGUCGAACAUGUUCAGUCUUAACAGUGAACUACAUUGUUUUUUUUAAAAAAACCUUUAAAAAAUGGACAAAACACUUCAUUUUUCUUGGACUGUGUUGAAGGCAUAUUACUGAAAUGACUGAGUUUGUACAAUAAUAACAAAUAAACAGUAGAUUUUAGGAAGACUUAACAGUUUGGGAUGGCAAAAAAACAAUUUACACUUAAGAUGAAAUGACCAGUUAAAGCUUUUUAAAAGAAUUAGUCAUCCAUUAUAUGUUCAAAAAAAUGUGUGCCAAUUACUGAAACUGCAAAUCAAAUUAAAAUGCAUCUUAUUAGCUGAAUACGGGAAUAGAAACAUUUCCAUUUAAAAGUGGGAUGUUGUAAUUCAUCAAACUGUCGUCCCACUUUUGUUUUUUCUUGGCAUGUGUUCUCAAUUGUGCUCAAUAAAUAUUAUAAGGCCCUAUCAUAACAACAAAGCUUCAUUAUUCAUAGCAUAGCAGUUUCUCUCGUUUGUUCUUUUCAGUGUUUGGCAGUAACUUAGAAAUGAGACAGGAAUGUACCAGCUGGUGAUGACUUUGUAAAAAUAGAUGUAAACAGUUUUCCAGUUCUCACACUUCACAAAGAGAGGAACUUAAAAAACUCUCUCUCGGACACACACACACACACACACA